UGAGGGGCGGGGCCAGGCUGGAGCUCGACCCAGUUUGAAAGUGAACCAACGGCUCCAGUCGCAGCUUCAGCCCCCAAACAACAACAACAAGACCCGAACCCCAAGAAUCGAGACCCGGUCCCAGUGUGCUGCACCUGUAGCCGGCCCUCCUGACGAGUGCCACUAUGAUGCGUAAAGACGUGAACAAGCCGAAGGGGAAGACGUCAGCGUACGCCUUCUUCGUCCAGACGUGUCGAGAGGAACACCGGAAGAAAAACCCCGAGCAGUCGGUCAACUUUGCCGAGUUCUCUAAGAAGUGCUCCGAGAGAUGGAAGGCUCUGUCUCCCAGCGAUAAGAAGUGCUUCGAGGACAUGGCGAAGGCUGACAAGGUCCGCUACAACCGGGAGAUGAGAGACUACGUCCCCCCUAAAGGCUUUGGAAAGAGGGGCCGCAAGAGGAAAGACCCCAACGCCCCCAAGAGACCUCCGUCUGCGUUCUUCGUGUUCUGCAGUGAGUACCGUCCCAGCGUGAAGCAGCAGUGUCCAGGUCUGUCUAUAGGAGACUGUGCUAAGAAGCUGGGAGAGAUGUGGAGCAAACUGUCCCAGUCUGAGAAGCAGCCGUACGAGGAAAAGGCCCAGAAGCUACGAGAGAAAUACGACCAGGACAUGGUGGCGUACCGCGGCGGUGCAACGUAUGCCAGGAACCCCGGUUCUUCAGCUCAGGGUGGAGAGGAGGAGGAGGACGAUGAGGAUGAAGACGAGGACGAGGAGGACGACGAGUAGAGAGACUGAGAGGCAGGUGUGUGUGUUUCAGAGCAGCUGAUUGGACAGCAGGCCAGGGGGCGGGGCUUCACCACAGGUGUGACAUCCUGGUUACAGAGGCUCAGGUGAGUCAGAGCAGCCAUCCAAUCAGGAGCAGCUGCUCCUGUCUCCAUAGUAACAGCAGGUGAUCAUUAUUAACCCAUGGAAUCAGAUGUUCCAUAGUAGUCCAUCAGGUAGGAGUCAGGUAAGGAUGAGGGAACAUCAGAACUCACCUGUACUCAGUCUGACCCUCAUUAAUCUGGUGGUUUCAGUGUAGUUCAUGAAGCUUUAGCAUAGAAAGCUAACCAAAGCUAACAGUAGCUUUCCUCCAGUCACCACUGUACUUAGUUACAGUUACUUCUGCAGUUACAGUUACUUCUCCAGUUAGUGUUUAUGUUGCAUGUUUGGUGACCUGAAGCAUGCAGUGCAGCUUAAUGAAGACCAGUUUAACACUCAGCACACCUGUAACUGGGUCACAUGACCCACCUGUAACCGGGUCACAUGACCCACCUGUAACCGGGUCACAUGACCCACCUGUACCCGGGUCACAUGACCCACCUGUAACCGGGUCACAUGACCCACCCUGAGUCUGUGGCUCAGCUGAUGAAUCCUGAUGCUGUGUCUGAAUCUUGUGAUUGACAGGUUGCUCUGAAACACACUCAUUGCUGCAGCGUGUGUGUGAAUGUGUGUGUGCGCAUGUGUGUGUGUGUGUUGAGGUCAUCAGAUGUUAAACUGUCCCACACCAGAGGAUAGUAGAAUAAACCCCCUCACUGUUACCAUGGUUACCCCUGCACCCCCUCCCCCUGUGUGUUGCCAUGGAAACCCCUGCCCCUCCCCCUGCUCUCCAUCAUCGUCAUGUUGUUGUUUUUUAUUUUCUUAUCGGAGGUUUUCUGUUCCUUGUUCACUGUCAGAGUAGAAACUUCAACUUUUAUAAUAAAAUGAUCAACUGAGGGAAAACACAAA